AUGCUAGUGACAGUAAAAAUAUCGAAAAUGAACGCAGAACUUGUCAAAAAACUGCUGGACGUCCGACCUAUUUACAACGGUAUCAAAAAGAAAUACUCACAAAAGAUCGAGGAUAUUUUUAAAUUUUAUAAAGAAGACGAGUGCCAUGCGAAUAACAAAUACAGGGUUUUAGAAGAAAACGAUUAUGACAGGUUCAUCAGUAAGAGAGCCAUGAUCAGGCAGCCGUCGUUAACGAGACACAUCACAUCCAUGGGCUACAAAGUCGGAAAAGAGAUGUUUUCUCUAGCAGAGGGAAUGCCUAACGAGGCCAUAUUCCCGUUCACACGGCUAGAGCUCACUACCCGGAGUGGAGGCAGCUUGGUCUUAGACGAGAAAGACCUCGCAUCCGCUCUACAAUACAUACCUUCACAAGGUCUUCCUUCACUUCUCACUGAGAUACGCCAGUUCCAACAAGAACUACAUCGGCCGCCGCCCAUUCCAGGGUCCCGCGACGUGAUCGUGACCAACGGCUCGCAACAUGGCAUUUACCAAUGUGUGGAGUUGCUGGUCAACGAUGGUGACCCCGUCAUUACUACCGAGUAUUCGUAUACUGGGUUCUACAGCUCUCUGCGUCCCUACAAUCCAGAAAUUAUCGGUAUACCAGAAGACGAACACGGUUUGGUUCCUGAGACACUGGAAUCUAUAUUAAAUAAUAGGUUAGCUUGCGGCUUGAAGAUGCCUAAAAUGAUGUACCUCAUCCCCACUGGAAAUAACCCCACGGGGACUGUGAUCCCUGAAGACAGGAGAAGGAUUAUAUAUGAAUUGGCUUGCAAAUACGACUUCAUAAUUGUAGAAGACGAUCCUUAUAUGUUCCUGAAUUAUGAUGGGAAUGUUCCCCCAUCGUUCAUAUCGAUGGACGUCUGUGGGCGAGUCAUACGUCUGGACUCGUUCUCCAAAGUGAUCAGCGCCGGGCUCCGCGCCGCAUGGAUGACUGCACCAUCUGCACUUCUUCAUCGUGCAGAACUGCAUGCUCAGGCAGAGCUUUUGCACUCUAACAGCUUGGGUCAGGCAAUACUGUUCCGUCUACUGUCCAACCGUAACGCCCUGGCGUCACACUUGCAUUCUACACGCUCCUUCUACGAGCUACGACGUAGCGCGCUGAGUGCAGCGCUACGCGGCGUAGAAGGUCUGGCUGAGUGGGUCGAGCCGAGCGCCGGCUUGUUCCACUGGCUGCACGUGCGAGGCGUCGAGGAUGUCUACAACAUGGUUUUCCACACAGCGUUGCAACGCGGCCUCAUGCUGAUCCCGGGACAUGCUUUCCUCUACGACACUCGCGCCCCCUGCCAAUAUAUACGACUCGCCUUUAGCAAAAUAAAAUUGGAAGAUAUGGAACCCGCAGUUGGACAUCUAGCGGAUAUUAUAAGACUUGAACAAAAACUGAAACAAACGAGGCGGGUUGCUACUGAGGGA